AAAGUCCACCCUGCCCAUGCUCUUAGGCACCCAUUUUUCAAACUUCCAUGAUAAUACACACUGAUCACAGUUCAUAACCACAUUGCCUACCCUUCCCAUUCUUCUUUUAACAACUCCCUCCAAAAAUUUCCAGGACCAAACCAGACCCGCCCGAAACAUCAUCCGCCCGGCUUUCCAACGGCACCGGUCACUGAAACAUGCUCGACAGCCCCUUUUGCUGCUGCUUCAAUGGCCAGAGAUCUGACGACGAGCCUGCCGACCGUGAUCCCGUCCUUCUGGUGUCCGGCAUUGCUGGCUCCAUUCUUCACUCUAAGAAGAAGAACUUCUUCGGGUUCGAGAGCCGUGUCUGGGUCCGUUUACUUCUAGCUGAUUUUGAGUUCAGGAAGGAGAUUUGGUCCCUUUACAAUCCUGAAACCGGCUAUGUAGAAUCUUUGGAUGAUAGUAUUGAAAUAGUCGUGCCGGAAGAUGAUUAUGGGCUGUAUGCUAUUGAUAUUUUGGACCCUGCACUGUGGGUGAAGAUUCUACAUUUGACUGAGGUAUACCAUUUUCAUGAUAUGAUUGAUAUGCUUGUUGAAUGUGGGUAUAAGAAGGGAACUACAUUGUUUGGCCAUGGAUUCGACUUCCGACAAAGCAAUAGAAUUGACAAGGCAAUGGAUGGCCUCAAAGCUAAGCUAGAAACUGCUUAUGAAGCUUCAGGAGGAAGAAAAGUCAAUUUAAUUUCACACUCAAUGGGUGGAUUGCUUGUGACAUGUUUCAUGUAUCUUCAUAAUGAUGUGUUUACCAAGUAUGUUAAUAAGUGGAUUACCAUUGCAACCCCUUUUCAAGGUGCACCUGGCUGCGUCAAUGAUUCUCUGUUAACUGGAUUGCAGUUUGUUGAUGGUUUUAAAAGCUUCUUUUUUGUAUCGAGAUGGUCGAUGCAUCAAUUGGUAGUGGAGUGCCCUUCAAUCUAUGAGAUGUUACCAAACCCAUGGUUCAAGUGGAAAAAGCAACCUGAAAUUCUGGUUUGGCGAUCAAAAUCAGAAGAAGGUGGGGAAACUUCAGUAGUUCUGGAAUCCUAUGGUCCAACUGACAGUAUGACUCUUUUUGAGGAAGCAUUGAAGCAUAAUGAGCUUGAUUAUGAAGGCAAGAAAUUUGCUCUACCUUUCAACUUUUCCAUUCUUAAAUGGGCUAAUGGUACUCGCCAAAUUCUCAAUAGUGCUCAACUUCCAAAAGGCAUUGCUUUCUACAACAUCUAUGGGAUAUCUAAUGACACGCCUCUUGAUGUUUGCUAUGGUACACAAGAUUCUCCAAUUGAGGAAAUGUCUGAGAUAUGCCACACAUCACCUCAGUACUCGUAUGUGGAUGGCGAUGGAACUGUCCCAGCGGAAUCAGCGAAGGCAGACAAUUUUGAAGCAGUGGAAAGAGUAGGAGUAGCUUCAAGUCACCGGGCAUUAUUAAGAGAUGAAAAGGUAUUCGAACUUGUCAAAAAAUGGUUAGGAGUAACAGAACAGGUCAAAUCACAUCCUAAGAAGACAUCUAAAGUGAUGGAUGUUUAUCAAAGUGAAUGUUAGUAUAAAGAUCUAUUUGUUCCACAAUAAAGUGCGACUAUCUUGUAUGUAGAUUACUGUUUCAUUUCCUCGUACAUCGGAUAGCAUAGUCUGGAAUUCAACUGGGUUUUACAAGUUGAAUGCAUAUGAACUAGAAUUUAGAGUACAGAAUAGGUGGUGCUUUGGAUGAAUGUACAUGGACGAGUUGUAUCCUGCAAAUAAAUCUAAGAAAGUUUCAAGUAAUACUUUUGCCAAAAA